AUGGUCUCGACCACGUACGACUCUAAGUUAGAUGCGAUAUCGAGGAAGAUAGACGAUAUCAGCCGGAGGAUGAGCCUGUUGAGUCACGAGCCGACCAAGAAUAUCAAAGCCAACCAGCAAGACCGUUACUCGUCCUCGUUCGGACCAACGCCAACUGCUUCCUCGCUCAGCUCUACACCAAAUCCAGGGCCCGUGUCUUAUAACCCCGUCGGCGAUGGAACCCGUGAAGUGCACGGCAGCCCGUCCAAAGCGCAGUACGAAGGAGAGUCGUCGCUGUUCGCUCACGCCGUCUUCGCCAGCCGGUUUCUGCAGGAUGCCGUGGACAACGCGACAAACGCCGAAGUCGCGCACGAGAUGGAAACCGUCCUGGGCAGCCUCAGGGCUGCCGUUCAGUCUGGGAAGCAACAUUCAGAUACACUCGAUAGCCUGUACCCUCAUGCCACAACGAUCCCACCCGGCUCGACGACGCGCAACCUCCCUUUGCCGCCCACCGACAAAGUGUUCAUGUGCCUGCGGAUGGCCAGGGAAUGUCCGCAAGUGGCUACGCUCUGGUUGGGCGACUUUAUCAGGCCUACUCAGUUCAAUGACUACUUUAUCAAAGUCGCAUCAUCGGGCCCGGCAACCGAAGCUGACUUGAUCAUCGUCCAUUGCGGUCUGUUCUGGCUGUUCUGUGAAUGCUCGAAAGCUGUCGCGGACGAGGAAACGAAGCAGGACUAUAACGCGCAGGCCUUCCAUUGCGAAGGAAACCUCCAAACGGUCCUUGCAAACCUUCGCUUUCAUCAGCCAACAAGUAUGGACUUGGUAUAUGCGAUGGGCAUGGCGGCGCUAUAUUGCCUUCAGAAGAGCAAGCCAUCUGCCGCGUGGAAUUUCAUCAACUCAGCCUCACAUAUAACUCAGGCUCUUGGCCUACAACAUAACACACCUACAGGCAUAGAAGGAGCGGAAGGAAAGGCCCAGAAGAAGGACCUGUUCUGGACCAUAUACAUGACCGAGAAGAUGCUGUCGCUCCGCCUAGGCCGUUCAUCGACUUUCCGCGAUCAGGACAUUACCUUGAGUCGCUCUGGUAUGCAGCGUCCCGGCAGCACGUUCUUGGCUGAAUUGGCCCCCGGCUGGAUCAACGUGGCGAGUAUCCAGGGCCGGAUAUAUGACGAGAUUUACAGUCCAGGGGCCCUCAUGCAACCGCCGCACAUCCGGACAUUCCGUGCCCAGGCUCUUGCGGAAGAGUUGAAAUCUGUCAUGCAACAUGCGCAAGACAUACAUGAUCAUUACACAGCGGCAAAAGGACAAGUACUAGGACUAGACUUCCACGAAAUAGCCAGAUUGUCCGACCGAGUCAUCGGCCUUUCCAUGCUGACGCUCAUCUACCGGAGCAUCGCUCCAGAGAACCCCUCCACGUCGGCAUUCUGUCACGAAUGCAUCGACGCCGCUAGAGAUACGCUCCGAGAACACGACAGAUGCGUGACCGUCAUCACCAAAGCGCAAGGGAAGACCGUGUUCCUGGAAGCAUACAUCAACUGGACAAUCAUCCAGUCUCCCUUCAUCCCCUUCAUCAUUCUUUUCUGCCAUAUCAUCGAGACCAGCGACGCCUCGGACCUAGAGCACAUGAUCGGGCUUGUCCAGACGCUGGAAUCGACAUCGAGCGAGAGCGCAUAUCGCAUGUGCAGCAGACAACGAAGUCUCUUUAGGGCGUUAUACGACGUCGCGGCCAAGUACGUCGAGGUUAAAUCGUGCGCGCACGGUGCGCAACCCGGAAUGUCGUGGUCGAUGGAGAGUAUUGGGCUGCAGGCAAUAAACUCGGCAGGGAAUGUAGGAUACCCGGGGACGACGAAUACUGUGUAUGUUCCUACAAGUCACAUGUCGUCGCGAGAUGAGGCGGUCGGGGAGGGGAUAGGGGUUGUGGAUGGGCUGGUUGGGCCUUGGGCGUUGCAGAAUCUGGCAGGUGGGGAUGUGGAUAUGGAGAUGGAUCUCUCGGGGGCUCAACUUUGGGAUUGGUUCAACAAGAACCAGUCUAUGAUGAGGAUGCUUGAGGAUGCAUAG